UGGUGCAAGUAUUUAAUCGAGCCGGUUCAAAACAUCGUAUGUUAAAUAAUGUAUUUAAUUUAGUUUAACUAUGUACAAUACUACUACAUCAUUUUAUGUUUGGAAACACUACGAGUAAACAGUACCUAUCAGCAUUUACUCGAAUUGUUUAAUAACAUAACCUGAGUCUAUAAGUGAAAAGUAUUGAAACAGUUAUACAAAAAUGCCGCGAUUACCAUUGCAUCCUUCUUCGGGAACUGGUCGUAUGCAACCUUUCGUUAAAGUGAUACGAUUUGUACGUUAUGGAUGCUCAAACAGACCAUUCUUUCAUAUUGUUGUAAUGAAUUCAAAACUUAAUCAGCAUCAUGCACCGAUAGAACAGUUGGGAACUUAUGAUCCUAUGCCAAAUAAAUAUAAUGAGAAAUUAAUUGCCUUGAAUUUUGAACGUAUACAAUAUUGGUUAGGAAGCCAUGCUAACGUUUCUAAACCAGUUGCUGAACUUUUUGGACUGGCUGGAUUUUAUCCAGUGCAUCCUAGGACAUACAUAACUGCAUGGAGAAAUCGAGGAGAUUAUAAUAAGGCUGAGGAAGAUAAAGAUUUCAAUAGUGCAACUCCUGCAGAAUCUGCAGGCUAACAAUCUUGCCUCCUGUUAUUUGUAUUUCACAUACAUCCUGUAAAUAAUAUGCAUAUAUAAAUAAAAUUAUUAUGA